AUGUCGGAUAACGGAGGGAAAAUAUAUUACCAUGAAGCGGUGGCAAGCAUGGUGAGCAUUGCUUCCGCUAAUACUGGUCGUGGUUCACUUUUAGUUGUGAAUAGUGGAUUCCAACUGUUUUCCAAAACAAGAGAUGGAAAUGUAGAAGUAACAGAUGUGGUUGAUCUUUGGAGAUACCUGAUUGAAGAACAUUGUAAAAAUUAUUUUUGUCGAGCUUAUAAUAAAACUCGAGUCUUAUUCCAACCAAGUCCUGGCGCCUUGGGCUUUCUUGAAGAUUAG